AUGUCCAGCCGCGGGAUACUGCGACGAAUCUUCAGGUUCAGUCCUCGCUACAUCCUUUUCAUCCACUUGGUGCUGAACGACAUGAUCCAGUUGACAGCAAGCAUUUCCCUCUACAUCUUUGCCCAUACCUUCUACACCAUCUACGUCUCUGUGUGCAUUGUCCUCCUUUUGCCCGCUAUUCUCACAAACACAAACACUCCAUUAAAUCUGGCGUGCAUGGCAGUAGAGUGUUAUAUCUCUGUUUGCAUUCCUCUCCGCUAUGAAAAUAUAUGCACUGUAAAGAAAACCUAUAUUAUGAUAGCUCUUAUGUGGGCAAUAAGCUUGCUCGCUGUCCUGCCUGAUGUCUUCACUCUUUUUAUCACAGAGGAGCUGCAUUUCAUGAAAAUGAGAUUGUUCUGUGACAGGGAAUCUGUGUUCAGAAACAGCUACGGUACAACUAAGAGAGAUGCAUCACAUAUAUUUUUUCUGGUGGUGGUUUGUCUCACUCUGAUUUACACAUAUUUCAAAAUUCUGUUUGCAGCAAAAGCUGUAAAUUCAGAUGCUAGAAAAGCAAGAAAUACUAUCUUGCUUCAUGGUUUUCAAACACUGCUGUGCAUUAUGGUGUAUGUGCAACCUCUUCUAAAGCAGCUUUUGAUAUACUUCCUUCCCAAUCAGAGAAAAUCUAUACAAAAUAUUACUUUUGUGUUAAUUCAGGUCUUUCCUAGGUUUCUUAGUCCAGUUGUUUAUGGAUUGCGAGACAAGGAAUUCAGAAAGUAUUAUAAGAAGGUCACCCACGGCAAACAGGUCCUAGGUGAGGAACUAGACAAAGCGCAGCCCAAAGACCCUUAUGAUGAGUACAAUCUUUGGAUUCUGCGUUCCCUCGCCCGGACGCGGGUCACCGGGGCCCCACUCUGGAGCCAG